AUGGUUUGCUCAUUUCAGGUUACUGUGCAGACAUGCUCAGUAAUCCGAAAUUUUGUCUACAAUCCCAUCGCUACGCAAGCUUUCGUAGACGCUUUUGAGCGUUUUGCGCUUGCUUUUUUCAACUUCGAAAUGCCUCUUUUCAUUGUCAUCACUUUCUACAGUGUGUUUCCCCUGAUCUGCAUCGCACUUGCUGUCUAUAACAGCUUCAUCUCAAAUACGCUUACCCAAACUGAUGACGUAUGCGAAACUAUACGUCGAACACAAUGGACCAACACUGCACUUCUCAUAAUUCAAUGGGGCUCAGCAGUAAUUGCCAUUCUACUCUACAUUAUCGUAUGGCGUAAACUGCAUCAUGAACGCACUUCAAAGUUCGCUCCAAACGAAAAUGAAAAAUGGAUAUUUGAUUCAGAAAAGAUGUGUCCGAAUCGUUACUACUGGGAUCAUCACGUUGUUAAAAUCUUCUUCAUCUGUUGUGCGCUACCAUUAUUUCUAGCGUUACCCAGUUUGGUAUUUACCAUUCUUACAGAUCUUGAGAUUUAUGUGAACUCGGUCGCAAACGUGGUCAGCAUACUGAUUCUUGAUCUUACCACUCCAGUAACCCUGAUUAUCUACAUCUUCUUCAUCGAACAUAUACGCAAAGGGCUUCUAGAAUAUAUUUGUCGGUGUGAUCCUGAACUCCGAAAACCUCGCCCACUUAAUCAAAAAGUCAUCGAACACUUCUAA